CACCGUACACACACACAGAACCGAUGCAGGAAACGAUUCUCUACUCGCGAUAAACAAACGCAUGAAAUUAACAGGCGCUGUAUACAAUAUCACAAUUGUGUUUUAUCAUGACAGAGUACUCGCAUGUGAAGUCCACCAAACUGGUCCUGAAAGGACUAAACGAUAAGAAAAAGAAGAAAAAGCACACGGACAAGAAGAGAAAACGAGAUGAAGACGAGAAGCCUGAUAUUGUCGGAGGAUGGUGGGCGGUGAAGAGUUUUGGUGAAAUCACAGGCACAGUGGCCAUCGAGAUGCACUACAGCUCCUACAUUCACGCAUUGGACACUGGACUCUUCACUGUAGGAGCUCCACAUAAAGAGGAUGAAGGCCCAGAUCCCCCUGAACAGCUUACAGCCAUCAGACUCUCAGACUCCAGGAUUGCCCUAAAGUCAGGCUAUGGGAAGUAUUUGGGGAUAAACUCAGAUGGUGUCAUGGUUGGCCGAUCAGAUGCCAUCGGCUCCAGAGAGCAGUGGGAGCCAGUGUUUCAGGAGGGAAAAAUGGCUCUGCUUGCUGCAAACAGUUGUUUUAUCUCAUACAGUGAGAGCGGAGACAUAGUGGCCAAAAACAAGUCAGCUGGAGAGGAGGAGAUGAUCAAGAUCCGUUCAUGUACAGAAAAAGAGGUGAAGAAAAAGGAUGAUAUUGCAGAUGAAGACAGGGGUGAUGUCAAGAGCUGUGAGGUCAACUAUGUGAAGAAGUUCCAGAGUUUCCAGGAUCGCAAGCUAAGAGUAAAUGAGGAAGGCGGUUGUGUGCUGAAAAAAGCCAGAACAGAUGGAAAGUUCCAUGAGGCAUUGCUAGACAGGAGAGCCAAGAUGAAAGCUGACAGAUACUGCAAGUGAAACUAGGAGAAGCAAUUUAGUUUCACUUUGUUGUGAAAUCUCUGUCAUUCUUAUAAUAAACCCAUUCACAUGAUUAGUUUUUAAAGUAGAGAGUUGCAAUCGUUUGUUUGAUAUUGGACUAUAAAUUCCAAACUCAAAAACACUUGAAUAAUUUUCAUGAGUAGUGCCACCAGAAAGCAUCUAGAAUGAUAGCGCUGUCAGAAACCUGUUUGAAAAAAAUGAUAAAUGUGUGGAAAACAUGUGGUUAUGCUUAAAAUCUGUUUCUGAAAAAAAUAUUAGUUAAUUAUUCCAGUGUGAGCACAAACUUACUAAACUGUGGGAUAUUGUGCUCCAAGCAACAUUUUUUUUAAAUAUUAUUGACAUUGUCACCUGAUAAUACUGUAAAUCCUGUUUAUAACAGUGCAGUCUGUUAACUGAGUAGUUGAUUUGUAUUAUUAAAAUAAAGGCAUCAUUUUGUCUUUUAAAUGUUUUUAUAUAAUACAUUACAAUGAGCCAAGCUAUUUAUUGUCACUGAACAGCUACAAUGAGAUUUAGUUUUCUUUGUACAACCAUAUGAUCAAUAAAGGUACAGUUGAACAGAAAUAGAAAUUUAAAGAGAACAUAGUUUGAUAUACUCUUAUAGCUGCCUUUUUAUAGAUAAAUGUAUAAUCGCAGCUCAUUUUCUUUGUCCUCUUUUUGCACCUCAGAUUCAAGUAUUGACUAACUUUUAAAAGGCAAUAGUGAAUAUAAAUUGAUGUCAUCCGGUAGAAAUUGUGUUUUUUUUUUUUUUUUUUAUCCUUAUCCUGUAUUCAUGAGUGACUGGAAAAAUCAUGGAAGUUCAUUGGUCAAAAAGAUUACUUGCUAUUUCAUGUGACUUGCUAUAUCACAUAAUUAAUAUUUUCAAAUAAAGACGAUUAGAA